GAAUCGUCUGGAUUUUUUUGCAAACCGGCUGGAAAAAAGAGAACUAGCAAAUUAACCACUGAGAAUUAAUUUUUAAUUGAUUUCCAACUCGUUGCUGAAAAGAGUGGUUUAUUUCUUUCCCUAACUUGUCAAACACUUCUUUGAAAUGGCAUUUAAUUUUGGAACUCCAUCAACUGGACAAACCCCAGGCUUUAGUUUUGGAAGCCAGCCCCAGCAAACAACUCCAGCGUUUGGGGCACCGUCUACAACCACUCCUGCUCUAGGAUCAACAUUUGGACAACCUGCUUCAAGUGGCUUUAGUUUCGGACAAACAACCACUGCCCAGCCACCAGCUACUGGGGGUUUGUUUGGUGCUGCAAAGCCCAGCCUGUCUUUUGGAACAGGAUCCACAUUUGGGGCCGCAUCAACAUCAGCUACUACAGUACCAGCUUUUGGGCAACCCACAACAUCAACCUUUGGGUUUGGAACAUCUGCAGGAACAACCCCUGCAUUUGGGCUGGGACAGCCUGCAGGCAACACAGCUGCACCAGCCCCAGCAUUCGGUGCUGCUUCAACAGCAACCACAGGCUUUGGUUUUGGUCAGAGUGCUGCAGUUCCUGCAUUUGGAGCUACCACCCCUUCAUUCUCAUUUAGCACACAGCCAACCACCACUUCAGCAGCAUCAGCAUUUUCAUUGGGGUCAUCAACAGCUCCCGCUUCGUCUUUUGGGCAAGCGUCGACUCAACCAGCCUUUGGACAGGCAGCGCCAGCUCAGCCAGCUUUUGGACAGGCUUCAACUCAACCAGCUUUUGGGCAAGCAGCAACCCAGCCAGCCUUUGGACAGACAGCAGCUCAGCCAGCUUUUGGACAGACAUCAGCCCAGCCAGCUUUUGGUCAAUCAGCACCAGCCUCCCAAAGUGGUCUAAGUUUCGGUCAGACAGCCACGCCAGGUUCUACAGGUCUUAGUUUUGGUCAACCACCAGCAACCCAGCCAGUAGGGGGUGGCCUUUCUUUCGGCCAGGCAACCACACCCGCUUCGACUGGUCUCAGUUUCGGUCAACCAACUACAACUUCGUCAACUGGAGGUUUCAGCUUCGGUCAGCCUACUACAACAUCUACGACCGGAGGUUUUGCAUCUUCAGUUGGUGGUGGUGGUCUUUCUUUUGGUCAGCCAGCAACUACCGCUGCCACGGGAGGCUUUGGUUUCGGUCAGCCAGCCCCCACUGCUGCUGCAACACCGUCAAGUGGAGCCCUUAGCUUUGGUCAACCUGCUGCGGCUGCAACUACGACGACGACCACACCUUUUAGUUUUAGUCAACCAGCAUCAACCACCGCAACGACAUCAGCACCUCCAGCCUACAGUUUUACCACUCCAACAUCCACAGCAGGACUCAGUUUUGGGACACCAGCCACUUCUGCCGCUCCGGCCGCGGGUGGCUUUUCGUUAGGGACCGCCUCUGCUUUACCAACACUUGGACAACAGAGUGGAAAGACUCCUUCUUUUGGAGCAGCUACUGCAACAGCUUCCGCGUUACCUUCGUUUGGUGCCCCAUCAGCCACCAGCGUUGCUCAGCCCACACUUUCACUAGGCUCGACAACAUCGUCAACACUCUCAUUUGGCACGCAACAAACGGCAACCAGCGGUGCUGCACAACCUGCUCCAACACUCAGUUUUGGAUCAACCACGACUCCAGCAACAGGCUUUUCGUUUGGAGCUCCAACAACAACCGCUGAUGCAACAAAAGUUGUUCCAACAGCUGCCCCAGCCACUACUGUUACCCCUGUUACAUCCAGCACAGCCGUGUCUUCUGCGCCAUCCUUCAGUUUUGGAACAGCUCCGGCAACAACUGCCGCAGUGGCCCCAGCUACAACAACAUCCAUUGCCAACUCAACGUCAGCAACCCCAACAAGCACCGCCAAUACACCUGCGGUUGGCGCCGCUCUGACGUUCCGUCAGUUAGAAGAGUCAAUUAACAAGUGGUCAGUUGAUCUGGAUGAACAGGAGAAAACUUUUUUAAAUCAAGCCAAUUCAGUAGCCUCUUGGGAUCGACUUUUAGUUUCAAACGGUGAAAAGAUUGUUGCAUUGAGUGAUUCAGUAAACAGGGUUAAGAAAGAUCAAGUGCGCUUAGAAUCGGAACUGGAUUUCGUCCGUGCCCAGCAACGUGAACUUGAAGAAAUGCUUAUCCCUCUGGAAGAGAACCUUCAGCAAGAAGUGAACAACAUGCCUCAUGAUACCGAACGCGAACACACAUAUCAAUUAGCGGAGAAUAUCGAUUCCCAAAUGAGGCGAUUGGCCGACGACCUCAAAGAGAUUAUCGAGAGAAUGAAUGCGGCGAGCAGACAGCACGAAGCGACAGCUGAUCCGAUUGCCAAAAUAGCGCGAAUUCUCAACGCUCAUACCGACUCGCUUCAAUGGGCAGAAUCCAGUUGUACAGCCCUGCAACGCAAACUUGACGAUGUAGGUCGUGGACUUGAACAGCAGCGCAGAGACCAAGAUCGCUCUUUCCGUUUUGCCUAAAUUUCCUUUGGAGCUCUUAAAACUAUCGAUUUCUGAUGGAAGUUCGUAAGAACUAAAAUAUACAUUGCUAACCGUA